GCCUGCACAAGGACGGCGCCGUCUCCGCCCGCGGCGAGUUCGGCCAGGCCGAGCUCCCACUGACCUUGGCACCUGCGACAGAAGCACAGAUGGUGCAGUCCCUGGGCUUUGUCAUCUACCGGGCCCUCGACUGGGGCCUGGAGGAGAACGAGGAACGGGAGCUGAGCCCCGAACUGGAGCGGCUGAUCGACCUGAUGACCAACGGGGACUCCGGUGACGGCGGCAACGGCAGCAGCACGGCAGACGAAGGCUACAGCGGGCAGGAGGAAGAGGAGGAGGCGGUGGCCAAGGGCACCCUGAGCGUGGUCCGCACAUUCGGCCAAGUGAUGCAACUCUGCGCUGCCCGCCUCUCCCAGCCGCAGGAGGCCCACGCUCACUACCAGGCGGUGUGCCGGGCGCUGUUCCUCGAGACGGUGGAGCUGAAAGCUUUUCUGGCCAAGAUCCGGGAUGCCAAGGAAAUGCUGGUGAAACUGAAGGAUGAGGAGUUGAAGGACCGAUCGGCAGCAGAGCUGGACAGCCUGAAGAACACGGACUGGGCUCGACUCUGGGUGCAGCUCAUGCGGGAACUGCGGAAUGGCGUGAAGCUGAAGAAGGUCCAGCAGAAGGAGUUUGACCCCCUCCCCACAGAGUAUCAGCUGACGCCUUUUGAGAUGCUCAUGCAGGACAUCCGAGCCCGGAACUACAAGCUCCGCAAGGUCAUGGUGGACAGAGACAUCCUGCCCAGGGUGAAGAAGGACGCCCACGAGCUCAUCCUGGAUUUCAUACGAUCCCGUCCGCCUCUGAGACAGGCCUCGGAGCGCAGGCUGCGCCCCCUGCCCCAGCAGCAGAGGACCCUCCACGAGAAGAUCUUGGAGGAGAUCAAGCAGGAACGGAAGCUCCGGCCAGUGGCCCUGCAGCCCCGGGACCAGAGAGGGUUUGGUUCCUUGCCCUGCCUGCUGAGUGCCUGCUCCAGCAACAUGAAAUCGACCUCUUGCAUCAACCUCUCCGUUUCAGAGUCCGGUGCCCCACCUCAGCGCCAGAGGCCGAGGGUCCUGCUGAAGGCACCCACGCUGGCAGAGAUGGAGGAGAUGUUUGUCUCAGAAGAAGACGACUCUCCCUGCUCAGAGGCGGCUCAGGAGCCGGGGCCCCUGAUGCCGCUGAAGCGGGAUCGUUCCUUCUCCGAGCAAGACUUGGCCCAUUUUCGGGAUGAAAGUGAGGACAGCGAGCCUCACCUGGAGUACUUAAGGACCAGCCUGUCAGAUCCGAGGCCUCGCUCAGGUUCGGUUCCGGCUCGCUACCACCCUCGGGUCAGUUCGUGUCCUCGUAAACAAGAGGCCCUGGGUUCCGUGCAGGAGAAUUUGGAAGGCAACCCUGUUCCAGUCACAGACACCAGUUUGAAAUAUUUGUGGCUGCAGGAGUUCAGCCACCCCGUGGAAAGCCUGGCGCUGACGGUGGAGGAAAUGAUCAACGUGCGCCGGGUGCUGGUGAAGGCGGAGAUGGAGAAGUUUCUUCACAGCAAGGAGCUCUACACCAGCCUGAAGAGAGGGAAGAGCUGCUGCUGCUGCCGGACCAAGUUUACGCUCUUCUCCUGGCCCCCCACCUGCCUCUUCUGCAAGAGGUCUGUCUGCGCUUCCUGCAGCCUGAAGAUCAAGAUGCCCUCCAAGAAGCUCGCCCACAUCCCGGUCUACGCCCUGGGCUUCGAGACGCUGCAGGGCUCUCUGGGAGCCAAGGGGCCCCCCGCCCGUCGGCAGGAGACUUUCCACUCCUUGCAGGGCACCCGCUGGCGCAGUGUGGAGGAAGAGUUCCCCUGCAUCUAUGCCCACGGGGCGGUGCUCAAGGACGUUUGCCGCGACUGCUCUGGCUUCGUCACGGACGUCGUCAGCUCCAGCCGCAAAAGCAUGGACAUUCUCAACACCAAGCCGGGCAGGAGCCGCAAAACCCAGUCCCUGUACAUCUCCUCCAGCUAGAGGCGCCUGGGACAUCCACACACCCCCGCCCCAUCUCUCCAGCUCUGCCAUCCAACCUUCGAAGGCCAGGCAGCCACAACUCUCUGGCAGAGGAAAUGCAGCUUUGGGGUCUGCUGGCUCUCAGCUUCCUUAUCCAGCCCACCCCAUCUUCCAAGGACACCUGCCUGCUGCUUGUGUUCACACACACACACACACACACACA